AUGUCUUGGACCUGGUCCGGGGCGAUGGACCAAGUCUACCAAAUUCAAACGUGGGACAAUAUCGACUCGGCCAAAGUCCCAACAAGAAUCCAGUAUGCCAAUGACCAGCCCGUUGCCUGGGGCUUUGCAGCGAAAGACUCCGUGACCACAUUUGAAUGGUUCAAAUUGCUGCUUGACUAUGAAAAUUUACCUCUGGGCGUAAGGACAUCGCAACAUGUACAACGAACACUCGCAAGAUUGGAGGGCUGGUCUGGAUAUCAGGGAAACCCCGUAAAAGCUGCAAUGAAAGUUACCAGGCACUACUUAGCACGACUAUGGCGCCACGGUAUCGAAAUGAUUCAAGACCAAUAUGGCCAAACCUGGGCAGAUGGUGCGUCUUGUAAGGUGGUUAUUACGAGACCAGCAAUAUGGAGUCAGAAAGCAUCAGCUCGUACUCGAAAAGUUGCCAAGAAGUCCAUUCUUUCCGACUAUUCGCCGUUUGAGUCGGUCAGCAUAUCAAUGAUUUCCGAGCCGGAAGCAGCCGCCCAGGCAGUCCUGCUAGCACCAACAGUAAGAAACCGACCAGAUAUAACAAGACCAAACGACAUAUUCCUCGUCUGCGAUGCUGGUGGAGGUACAGUUGACGUCAUAAGUUAUGAAGUGCAGAGUCUUAAUCCGAUGAAAUUGACGGAGUUCGUGGAGGGGAGAGGGGACUUAUGUGGUGCCAUCUUCAUCGACAACGAAUUCGAAUGCUUCAUGCGGCUACAAGUCGGUCCAAUGGACUGGGAUUCGCUAUCUUCGAACCAUCGCGAACGUGUAAUGGACAGAGAGUGGGAGUCUGGUAUCAAACGGCCAUUUGAUCCAAAGAAAAGAAUUAAAUGGACAGUUGAUAUUGCAGCGCUUGGAAGAAGUUUUGCAUUCAGCGGGUACGAUGACACAAUAUUGCAUUAUGAAUCAAGCAUCUUACCGUGA